CCACCGCCGCCGGCGCCGCGGCAGCCCGUAGCAACCGCCACCGCCUGCCCAUCUCCUCUCUAUCCCGCGCCGCAUGGCCGCGUACUUCAACCACUCCUCGUCCUACCCGCCGCCGCCUCCCCCGCCGGGCACUUCCCCGUACGGCGCGUACCGCCACGCCUACCCGCCGGCGCCGGCACCCCCGGCCGCUUACGGCGCCUACUACGACCGCGCAGAGCAGGCCCUCCCGGCGCGGGACGAGGUCCGCACCCUCUUCAUCGCUGGCCUCCCCGCCGACGCCAAGCCGCGCGAAGUCUACAACCUCUUCCGCGAUUUCCCCGGAUACGUCUCCUCCCACCUCCGCACGGGCAAAUCCUCUCAGGCGUAUGCGUUUGCUGUGUUUGCAGAUCAACAGUCUGCACUAGCUGCCUUGAGUGCCACAAAUGGAAUGGUAUUUGAUCUUGAGAAAAAUUGUUCUCUUCAUGUAGAUCUCGCAAAAUCCAAUUCCAGAUCAAAGCGCUUGAGAUCAGAUGAUACUUCACCUUAUUCUCCUGAAAAAAGAAAUAGGAAACCAAGGGGAUUUCCUGAUUCAGGUGCUGGAAGCAAUAUUUACAUAUCUGGAAUGGGUAGUACUUCACACAGCUUGAGUGGUUAUCCUUCUGCACAAAGUUACACAAGCCUUGAGUCUAGUGCUUCUCUCAGCAAGGACCCAUCCACAUUUGCCCCUCAAAAUAAUCCUCCAUGCCCUACUCUUUUUGUUGCGAACCUGGCUCCAGCUUGUUCAGAGCAACAGCUGAUAGAUGUUUUCUCAAGUUGUGCGGGAUUUGUGAAACUCAAGAUGCAAAACAAGCUUGGAGCUCCAGUUGCAUUUGUUGAUUUCAAGGAUGCAAUCAGUUCAACUGAAGCCAUAAAUCGUCUCCAAGGAGUUAUCCUGUACUCAUCAUCUGGCGAGGGAAUGCGUUUAGAAUAUGCAAAAUCACGGAUGGGCCUUCGGAAGCGUGAUAAGCACCCCUAAGUGCAGCUGAAAGACGACACGGCAGUUGUAUUUUCAUUCAGCACAAGCGGCAGCUGAGCAUGCUCAAUGAUGUCUAAUAGCAGACGACCUGUCCUGACACCUGAGUCCAAUGUCAUCUUCAUGCAGCGAACGUUUUGCUCAUGAGUUAGGCUAUGAGGUCCUUCAGCUGCGUAGCAUUAUGUUACUUGGUCUGGUUGUAUCACUUAUUAUUACAUGUGCACCUCUUUUUUUCCUCCUUCGGACCUUGCCUCCUAGUCAUCUUCAGAUUUUAAGCUAGGAUUAUCCCUUAUUUACAGUUGGAGUUAUUAUUAGAAUCUAUUGUGCCUGAAAGGAUCAAUCUGAACUAUCAAUCUGAACGAGAGGGUGAAUUAGUUUUUUCUAAAAAAUCUAUAUAAAUUAAAAUCUAUUAAUGACC